AUGCCUGGACACCUACGCACCCGCUUGCGGCGGGCCCUGACCGGCCAAGCCGAAGGCGGCCCCCUCAGCAAGAUCAAGGGCCACAAAGCCUCCAAAAACAACGAUCCGGAUGAUGACUACUACAAGCCGGGCGAGAAGAUGCCACCGCUCAAAUACAGGCGUGCCGUAGACCCCGAGCACAAGAAGACACUCGAGGCAUUCAGCUUCUCCACAGCAUGGCGUCGACGCAGCCACGCCAGUCUGUACUCGCCCAUGGGCAGUCGGCUACCGAGUCGCAGAAACAGCUGCAGAAGCAGGCGGAGCCGCAGCCGCAGCAUGGCGAGAAGCCGCAGGUCGAGCUUCUCUACGGCGAGUGAUUACGACGAAGAGGAGUGGGUGGACAGUGGCAUCGGCGCAAGCAUCGCCGGUGACGACAGGCCCGCCAACAUUAGAGAAGCAAGCGACGAUGAAGGUGAUGUUCUCAAUGUCGGUCUCUCGCGCAAUCCUACCGAGGAUCCUCGCGACGCGAAGAACCGCAAGCAGUCACUUGGCCACCGCCGGUCGAGUUCUACUAAGCUAGCAUCACGCCCCGGUACCAGCUCUGACCACACCCGCCGCCCAUCGCAGCCUUUUACGCCCGAAGAUCUCGAGAUUGCAUUGCAAAAAUCGCAUCUUGAAGCUACGACUGAGGAGUCGGAUAAGAGCAGUGGAGGAACACCGUUCGACGACUUCGACGACCCAAGCCCGUUCUUGCGUCCGCGUGGUGGCUCUAUCUACGUUCCAUACGACGGCCAAGGCACUCCGCCGAAGCUGCCAUUCUGGGGUUCUGCAAAUCCCGAUGCAGACCACAAUCUGGACGCUCAAUUUGCCCGCCGAGAAUCUGUCUUCCUCCACAAUGAGGGAUCAUAUACGCCACGCUAUGAGCGAAGCCAGUCUGUCUUCCACGCCGCCUCACGGUGUGGAUCUGUUUUCGUGCCAACAGAAAAGUCCUGCGAUUGCCCGCCUCAGGAAGACGAGCAACCGAAACGCUCCAAGCCCCAGCCAUGCUGUCCCAGUGACGCCAUUGCUGCCAUCCUGGCGCGAAAAGACCUGUGCUAG